AUGAUGAUGAAAGGGAUCUUGACGGGGUUCAGAGGAACCACUGCCACCUUUUGCUCGAGGCUCCAGGGGAGCAAGCGCUCGUUUUUCUCUGCACGUAUUCUCUCUUUUUCUUCUUAUUAUUCUUCUUCCCUCUUGGCCUCUUCCAGCUCUUCCUUGGUGGGCCCUGUUUCUGCCUUCUUGCCGCCAAACCCAACGAACGGCAUGAAGGCGGAGGAGGAUGGGGAGGAGGAGCGGCACGGUGCGACUCGGGCCCCGUCGAAGGAGAGUGAGACCUGCUUCGGCAAUCGGGCGGGGCUUGAGCCGCGGGCGUUGGCAGGGGCCUGUAGGGGACAUGAUGGGUCCAAGCUCGCGGCAUGUUAA